AGUUAACAAUUUGUCAAGUUUAUUUAUCUGGGCGUGUAGCCUACAUGCUUCUGGAACCUAAAACCAGUUUAACGACUCUAUGAAGUGAUUCACUUUCCAAGAAAUGUAAAAUAAAGGAAUUGCUGGCAUCGUAAAUCCGUAGUUCUCACCGACACCUUGAUGUGGUUCUGUGGUUGUGCACGGUCUACUUAAAUUCUAUAUAAGAUAGUCAAUUUAUUGUCGACGAGUCAGCGUGGAGAUAAAGACGAAGCGGGACUGAACGAAAGUGACUGGAUUGACCAAACAUGAAGGACUCUUUGAAGGAUUUAAAUAUCACGGAUCUGGCGUCCGUGGCAGAGAACGACAACUUGGUUAUCAUGUGCAUAAACAAGCAACGCCACAGUUCUUCGCCCUCCUCCACCGAGGAGAACGAAAGCGACAGAUUUAACAAGCGGAGAGUUAAACUGAUCGCGCAGGAUUUCCCGAGAAAGAGCGGGGAGAUUCUCAGUGGUCAGUACGGGAUUAAUUUGCUCCUGUUCGGAGGUGCGUUGAUGCUGGGCGUCUGGUACCACGGUCCCUCAGUCAAGGAAUGGCACUUGCAGUCAUUUAUCGCGACACUUAUGAUUAUUCAACUACUGUGGAUGCUAUGGUAUGUCGUUCGAAAGGACCGACAGAAAAAUUCCCUUCCAGAAAAGGAUUCGCACGCCGGAACGCGCUGGCUAAGAGGUGGGCUGACAAUUCUUGCUGUGCUUUCCCUGAUCAUGGAUGCUUUUCGCAUUGCUGUUUACGUGGGUUAUAAAGAAUGCCUAUCGCCCACAUCGGUAGUUUAUCCUGUCCUCCACGUACUUCACACAGUAUCACAGGUGUAUUUCCUUUGGUUUCACAUCAAGGACGUGAUUAAGACUUUUCAGACCUUUGAAAGAUUCGGAGUGAUACAUGCCGUCUUUACGAACUUGCUUCUAUGGUGCUAUGGGGCGAUGUCCGAGUCCCAGCACUUUCUGGAAGCCCAUGAAAAACGCUUGGCUGCACUGGGUUUUAUCAACUAUACAGGAGGACACGACAAGCUGCAUUGUGAGUGUACCAUCAGUGCUUGCUCCAUGUUCUCAAAUAGCCUGUACUACCUGUUCCCCUUCAACAUUGAGUACCACAUCUUUGUCUCCGCCAUGCUGUUCGUCAUGUGGAAGAACAUCGGCCGCACCAUCGAGCCCCAGCACAAGAGGGUGAGGCACAGGCCAAAGUUCACAGGGCUGGUUUUGGGCCCCGUCCUGGGCCUGGUGGCCCUAGCCGCCUCCAUCACCGUCCUGGUGAUAUACCUCAUCCAGGUGGAGGAAUCACUGGAGACCCACAGGGCAGCCAUUUCCAUGUUCUACUGCCACGGGAUCACCAUGCUGGCCUGCAUGUGCACGGCGGGAAUCAUCGGCUUGGUCCUUUACAGGAUAGACAAUCGGCCCCUGGACGCCUCCAAGAACCCGUCGCGGAAGUUGGACACUGAGCUGCUGUUUGGCGCGUCCAUGGGCACCUGGCUAAUGUCCUGGUGCAGCAUAAUUGCCGCAGUAGCUGCCCAUAAUAACCCAAGGUACCGCUGGAUCAUCCUGGCCUACUCUCUCCUGCUUAUCCUGGAGAAGUACGUCCAGAACCUUUUCAUCAUCGAGUCGCUGUACCGCCAGCGGGAGGCCAUUGAGGAGGCAGAGGAUGAGGACGAGGAGGAGGAGGCACCUUCCGGAAUAUUCUCUGUGUCCUCCCAGGUUCCGCCCCGCAGUGGCAUCAUCAACAAGGGCUUUGUGAACCAGGAGAAUGUGUACAACUCCUUGGACCGCAAUCAGAUGAAGAAUGGGACUAUGGUCCACUCCAUCCAGGAUCAGGAGCACCACCAAGUGCCUGCACUACAUGUAAUUCGAAGUAGGGUAGGAACGCAAGACAGGACGAGGCUAAUUCUGAGGAACAUCGCCAUAUUCUUGUUCCUGUGCAACUGUUCGCUGUGGCUGCUGCCGGCGUUUGGCUGUCGGCCCCAGUACGACAACGGGAUGGAGCAAGAGAUCUUUGGAUUUACCAUUUGGACCAUGGUGCUGAACUUUGCCAUGCCCCUCAACCUUUUCUACCGCAUGCACUGUGUGGCUUCUCUCUUUGAAGUAUUCCAGCAUGCGUAAGCUAAGUCUGCUCACAAAAUGCACAAAAAAAACACGUACCACUCUACCACUGCCGGGUUUUAAAUGGGAAUAUCUCCUCAUUGUGACAGGUAGUUCUGAAUAUGGUGGGUUUACUGGUGGUGAAGUUCAUAUUUUUGUUUUCAAAAAAUGAAAUGUAAAAUAUUAUUGGGCAUCAUUGUUAGAAGUGUGUUACAGAUGACUGCUGGUUUGCCCAUCCCAAUCAACCACCAUUCUUGUAUGCGGAUGGAUAUCAUAGUCUGCUGUCCAAGUUGGGCCCUGCCAGUACAGGCUGUGACCUCUACCGACAGGGACCUGCAAUUGGCCUGAAGGGAGGGAUCACAGUUGGGUGGAACUAUGUGACCCAUUACUGUAACCCAACUUUUGGUCAGUCAGGCACCUGCAGUUUUCCUGAACAAGGUGCACAUUGGUGUUCUCCUCUAACCCAGCCAGUGUCUGUGCCUAGCUGGUGGUCAGUGCAGUGUCUACUAUUCACCAGUGUGAUGAAAUGUAUUUUAGAGGAGAGUAUGCAUGUGUUUGUCUACACCAGUGGUUCCCAAACUCGGUCCUGGGCCCCCCACUGUGUAUACUGGUUUUCGUUCCAACCACCUUCACUAUCCCAUAAUUUUAACAAGCUGCUCAUUUUUCUUAAUUAGGUACUUUUCAUGUUUAGAAGGAUUAUAUACCCUCUUAAUCCAUACUAUAUCUGAAAUAGCUUUGCAUUCCAUGAAGAAUAAAAUUCCCAUGUUGAUAUGGUACUCAAUUUUGCAUAUUGUACUACAUUGCAAACAAUUACAUAAAGAGAGGUAGCUUUUUUAUCAAAUGAAAGGGGUAAAUCAAUAGUUUCCUUUAACUUAUCAACACAGUGCAGGUUUGACUCAUUUUUUGAUUUGUCUUUGGUUAGUUUUAGUGGCCAGGUGUUCUCACACUCACCAUUUUUGUUCACUGUAUUGAUUCACCUCAGUCUUUUAUUUAAAGUUUACCUCCGUUUACACAGUCGUUUGCAAUAUAACACAAUAAGCACAAUAUGAACAUGGCUUUAGAAGGUAAAUAAUCCCACUAAACGUGACAUGCAUGUAAUUAAGAGGAAAAUAAAAGCUUGUUACAUUUCUGGGAUUGCGACUGGAUGGAACGAAACCAGCAUAGACAAGGGGCCCCUGGGAUCGGGAAUCCCUAGUCAAUGCUCUUCCGAUUAGACAGGAGGGUUCGGCGACAAACACAGACACACAAAUUGAAAAUUGGAAGGAAAAAUAUGGGUAAUAUUUAUAUUUCAAAUUAAACUAAAUGGUGUGGUAUAUAUAUUUGGAUUUCUUUUCACUUUUUAUAAAAAAAAUUUAACAGUAGGGUUUUUUUAGGGUUUUGUGGCAUCCUCUUGUUAUGCUAAGCAUCGUGUUCUACACAAGGAUCACAAAGAAGCUUCAUUAACACUACGCAAUGAUUUUUUUUAAAUCCAAAAGUGAUAAUUUUACGCUUGCUGAUUAUUACUAUUUGUAAUUUUAAAGACUUAAACAUUAUUUAAUUCCUUUAUAUCUUUUAUGUACUGUAUAUUUUAAUGAUCAGCUCUCCUGCACGGAGAUGUUUUAUGAGCACUGGACCCAAAAUACUUAAUUUUAGUAAAUUCACCCAGUUAUAUAUGAAGAACUGUGCAAUGCAGGGAAAGGUCAGCAUUGAAUUUUCAUAUACAAGUCUAGGGAAAAAAAAUAUUGAAAUAAAAUGCAUAUUAACUACAGUAAAUCUGUGGCAGUGAAAAAACAUCACCAGCAAUCAUCAUCAGCAGCAAUGCACUGUACUAUAAAAAUAAACCAAGGGAAACAUUAUGACAGUUCUUUGCCAUGCCAGGGUGGGAGAGACCCAGAACAUUUCUAAAUGUUUUACAUUCUUGUCUUCUGGAAACAUGUAGUUUGCCAGUACUUAUCAGAAAGCCCUCGGAUAUUUGAAACGAGGCUUGGGGGAAGAUGCUGGGGAAGAUGCCGUUUUAACAGUAGGUAAAACUAUGUGUCUAGAUUAGUUGAAUGGCCUGUUCCCAUCAAACAUUCUAAUGCAAAUUACACUUCAUUAUUUUUAUGUAAAUUGAUUGGGUUGCGAGUUGCAUACCCACUGGUCUAAUGCCUGUGAAUGAAUGCACUUGGGCCAAAUCUGUAAAAGGGGUGGCAGUGUGGUGUAAUGGUUAGAGAACUGGAUCUGUAACUUGCAGGUUACAGGUUUGACUCCCAGGUUGGGGCACUUUUGGUCCCUUGAGAAAGAUGUUUAACCUGAAUUGCUACAGUACAAUCCAUCUAAACUUGUAAAAAUGUCAUAUGAAAAUGUAAAACUCUGCAAGUCGCUCUGGAUAAGAGUGCAAUAUAAUGUAAAAUGUAAUGAGUUUGGGUGGAUGGGUGGAUGUGUGUAUGUAUGGGAUUGUCUGUAAGUGCAAAUCAUUUGCACUUAAUAUCUGUAAUUAAUUUUCUCUCAGGCAACAUUAACUAUUUCACAUAAAGUUUAUUUUGAAUGUUAUCACUUUCCCAAGAGAAUAUUGUGACCAAUAAAACCUCUGUAAGAAAAAAAAAAA